UACCAGAGUCCGUGUGCACUGGGGUGUGUCCCACACACGCGCAGCCACACACUCACGCGCACAACGUAGAGUUCUUCCGAAAGGGUUUCUGCAGUCAGCCCUUCUUCUCUUCCUCUCUUCUGCCCGGAUCUCACUGCCCGCUCACCGAGCUUCAUCUGACGGCUGCUACUCAGCGAUCUUAUUUUUCCGCACACAUUCUCACACCACAGAACGACAAAAUGGCCAGCAGAGGAACUGUAAAAGCCAGUUUGAACUUCAAUGCCACUACAGAUGCUGAGGCCCUGUACAAGGCCAUGAAAGGGCUGGGGACCGAUGAGGCUGCCAUCUUACAGCUGUUGGUAGCUCGCAGCAACGCCCAGAGGCAGCAGAUCAAGACCGCCUACAAAACUCUGUUUGGAAAGGAUCUGGUAGAUGACCUGAAGAGCGAGCUGACUGGCAAAUUUGAGACCCUGAUAGUGAGUCUGAUGACCCCACCCCUCGCUUACGAUGUGACAUUGCUCCACAAAGCCAUCAAGGGGGCAGGAACCAACGAGAAGGUGCUGGUGGAGGUCCUCGCCUCCAGAACACCUCAGCAAGUGAAGGACAUUGUCACAGCCUAUAGACAGGAGUAUGAUGCCGUCCUGGAGGAAGAUAUAGCCGGUGACACUUCAGGUCACUUCAAGAGACUUCUGGUUAUUCUGCUGCAGGCAAACAGGCAGAAGGGGAUCCAGCAGGAAUACAUAGAGGUUGAUGCUCAGGCCCUCUUCAAGGCAGGAGAGCAGAAGUUCGGCACUGAUGAACAAUCGUUUGUCACCAUCCUGGGAAACCGGAGUGCAGAACAUCUUAGGAAAGUAUUUGAUGCAUACAUGAAGUUGGCUGGAUUCGAGAUGGAGGAGAGCAUUAAGAGGGAAACAUCUGGCAGCCUGAAAGAUCUGCUUCUGGCUGUCGUGAAGUGUGCCAGGAGCGUUCCGGCCUAUUUUGCGGAGACUCUGUACUAUGCGAUGAAGGGUGCAGGAACAGAUGAUGACACCCUGAUCAGAGUGAUGGUGAGUCGCAGUGAGGUGGACAUGUUGGACAUCAGAACUGAGUUCAGGAGGAUGUUUGCCUGCUCUCUGUUCUCCAUGAUCAAGGGAGACACCGGCGGCGACUACCAAAAGACCUUACUGUUGCUCUGUGGUGGAGAUGAUGCAUAACCUUGGCAACAAGCAAUAAACCAGGAAGCACACCUAAAGUGCCUUUUCUCCAAGUCUGCCUUUUAUUUUGGGCCGUCGGCUCACCAAAACAAGAAGCUAACAGAGUCAAAAUUCAUCACAAAACAUACUUGUGUGUAAGAGACGGCCCAAUCAGGUCUUUUUAAACUAUGUCUUCAAAUAAUGUCUUUGAAAGGUAGCUAACAUUUUGUUCCUGUCCACAUUAAUUAAUGCAGCUUUUGGUUUAAUACCCUUCAUUAUGACUAAUAUACUGUUAUUCAUUUGUAAUGCAAAAGUAUCAGACUACAAUUUUUUUUAUAUUACUUUGCAUGGCAGCAACAAAAUAUGCAAUAAUAAACUCAACUCAUGAAGUAUA